AUGGAGACAAAGUCACUGAUUAUAUCUAGCAGGGCCUGCAAUGUAUCAAUCAACCUUCUCGGGUUCCCCCUUUUCCUUGUCGCCAUCAGCCUCGACACCUUGGAUGACAACCUCGGAGGGAGUCAUCAGGGUAUCAGAUACAGGCCAGAGGUGAUGGAGACCGAGGUAAACGGCAGAAGCACUCAGAAACCCAUAAUGCCAGACCAAGUCAGCGAUAUGUCGCCCGACGACCCCGGCGAGAACGCACAGCGGCGACGGGGUGGUGCCCGCGGCAGCGGUGAGCGUGGUCAAGGCCUCGAAGACGAAGGACCACUUCAGCCUGCAGGAAACAAAGAUGAGGAGAAGAGCGCCGUCACCAUCCGGCACACGACGGGGGACUCGACCCCGUGGAAGCCGAAGGGCGCGCGGAUCCACACCGCGAACGCCACCUCAACCUCUCCGGACGGCAUGGCCGGCUUCGACUUCGUCCCCCGCGACCCCGGCGACCCCGCAAGGCCCCACCUCGACCUCGUCUCCGCCAUGGCCCACGGCCCGCUCGACCCAGCCUCCGACCCCGCCUACGCCGACCCCCCCGGGGCUGCGACGACGCCUACAACGGCCGGGCCCGAAUGCCUGCCAUUUCGGUACCCGCCGGAUUCACCCAUGAUGGCCUGUCCGUAG